AUGACAGGAUCAGUCGUCCGCGACCCGCUAUGCGGCAUCUCAGUCCUCAUCUCGGGCUCGGGCAUAUGCGGUCUGAUGACUGCUUUGGAAUGUUGGAGGAAAGGAUGUACUGUUCGCAUUCUCGAAAGAGCCAAAACGGAGCAGACACAAGGUCAAGUCAUUUGCGCGCCAACCGAAGUCGUUGCACUGACAUACACGUAGGCGACUCGUUCAUGAUCGGGCCUAGCGCACUGAACGCUUUCAGGAACUGGCCAGAAUUGGAGGAGAGGGAGCGGGAGGUUGCAUACAAACCCAUGAUCUCUUUCUACAAUCACCGAGGCGAGCGAUUGGCUGGUCCAUUCAACACUAGCAAUGUCGUCUCGAAGAACUGGCAGCAUCUCGGGGACGAGGACUCACCUAUCACACGGCAGUCCAGGCCAAAGUUCCACUCUAUAUUGCUCGAACAGCUCCGAAAGAUUGGCAUUGAAGUGGAAUACGACAAUGGGGUAGUCGACUAUUUCGAGGACGCGCCGAACCAAGUCGGCGGCGUUGUCUUGGAAGAUGGUUCAAAACACACCGCGAACGUCGUCGUUGCCGCGGACGGGGUGAGGAGCAAAUCAUGGUCUCUUGUGGCAGGACAUCCGGUCCCCGCUAAGAGCUCAGGCAACGGAAUCUUUCGCGUCGCAUAUCCUGUGGAGCUGGCUCUGGCCGAUCCGAUGAUUGCGGAGCGAUUCAGGCUCUAUGAAGAUGGACGCUCCUCCACAGAGCUGUGGGUCGGACCCGGCUUACAAGCGUUCUUCUGGAGAAGCGAAGACGAGAUGUCUUGGGCGAUCACUCACCCAGAUUGGGGUUCCGCUGAAGAGUCCUGGGGCAAUAAGGUCCAUCCGGAUGAAGUGCUCAAAUUCACAGCUACGAUCGAUGGCUGGCCCGAGGUUGCCGACAGAGUGAUCAGAGCUACACCCACCGACAGUCUCGUAGAUUGGAAGCUAAUGUGGCGCGAUCCACAACCCACAUGGACUUCACCUGGCGGGCAUGUUGUUCAGCUAGGCGACGCAGCUCACACCUUUCUCCCGAGCAGCGCCAACGGCGGCACCCAAGCAAUGGAGGAUGCCAUCUCUCUCGCAGCUUGUAUUGCUCUGGGCGGGAAAACCAACAUCCCAGAUGCCACGCGAGUGCACAACCUCCUACGAUUCGAGAGGGUGUCUUGUCUGCAGGCGUGGGGCAUCGCGAAUGCUGACGACCGAGAUACGAACAGACACAAGCAAGAAGAGAACAAGUUUACAUUGACGAUCGGGAAAUGGAUCCUCGAUCACGAUCCAGAACAAUAUGCAAAGGAGAAAUAUGCAGAAGCUUUGGCCCAUCUUAAGGAGGGAAAGUCGUUCCAGAACACAAACACGCCGCCAGGCAUGGUCUAUAGGCCCUGGACCAUCGAUGGUUUGAUUGCGGCAAGGGAGAGAGGGGAGCCAACAGUUUUGGGUGGAGAUUGGAGUUAG